GUGCGCGCUAGUUUGUUAGUUACCCGUCCAUUCUUCUCCCCUAGAUUCUCAGAAAUUGUCUGUUGAUCAAAAUAUUUACUUCGAUUGGUCUUUCCCUCGCUCUAAUUCCGCGAAGGGUUGCUUAAUCUGAGGUCGGAAUGAUUUGAAGUUCGCUUUUGCAUUUAGGUUUUUUGUUCUGAUAUAUGAUUACUUCAAUCAGCGAAAGUCGAUAGCUUCUUCGAUUUAGCUCGAGGAAUCGGCCUCGAGGGUGUGUUUUUUGAGCUCAUAGAAAAGAUGGGGAUGGUGUCCGUGAGCUCUCCCAGUGAAAGCCUUCGACUUGAGAGGAGAGGCCAGGCUGAAGAGCAUGAGUUAGACAAGAUCUUGUUCUUUUACCCCGCAGAUUUAGCCUUCUCAACUCAGCUAUCGGUUAUCGGCCUAAGCGAUGUCAUUACCUUUACAAGACUUUUCUCCCCAGAGGCAGCUUGUGAGGUAAUAGAAGCUAAGAAGCAUUCACAUGUUUACUAUGAGGCAGAGCCUGAUAUAUGGAUGGUGAUGGUGGUGGAGAAAAAUAAGGAGAUGGAAGCCAUAUGGAGAUUUGAUGCAUUAAGGAAUGUGCUUAAGGAAGUGCAUUCCCUCUUCUUGAUGUUUCACGGCUCAGUUAGAGCAUUACUUGAAAAAGAACCAACUGGAGGGCUUACGCGGUCACACUUGUAUUCGUUCAUUAUGGACUAUUUGAAUGAUCUUUUUGUCGGGAAGAAACUUCAGUUACCGUCGUUUCGUGAAUCCUUAAAUGAAUAUGGAACUGUUCAGAUGCUCACUCUAAGAAGGGAAGCAGCACUUGAAGUUCAGUCUCUUGUCGGAAUGCUAGAAUCAUGUGCUGAGCCUGGAACUAUGACAUGCCACUCUGUGAUCUUAUUCCAAGACCUACCGGUCUCCACAACUCUCUCAGCUGAUGACACGGCCAACUUAUUUACAUUUUCUGUUAUGGGGCUUACCGCACGUGUGUUAUCCUCUGGUUCGAGUUCUUGGUCGUACCUACGAAAAGGGCCUGGUUCAUCUCAAUCUUGUUCAACUGGUACAAUGCCUUCUGGAAAUGGUGAUAGCACGCAUCAUGUUAUUAGGCCAUUGCAGAACGGUAAGUGGUCGAAAGGGAAGGACGGUUUUCUUGUAACCGAGAUUUGGGGUAAGGAGGCUGUCGGUUCACCAGAUCAUGGCACCACCCCGACAAUAUAUCUCCACAGAACUCAAGAAAGAGUGUAUCUCCUUCCUUAUCAGUAUAAAAAUGUCACCUUGAUUCUUCUCGUUCCUGCUGCAUCCAUUGUUAAGGGAGAGCAAGAUAUCUCGACGGUGAAGAAGCAAAUCAUUGAAAACGUUCCUGAAUGGCAGGAAUCUUUACUCGCGUUAAACAAGCUGAGGGAAGAUGCCGAUUCAGAAAAGAGUCGGGCGAAACGGGGUGUGGAAAAGCCCGAGAAAGACGUGGAAAUAUGCAUCAUGACGAAGAACAAGGUUUGGAGGUUUGGGGUGGUAACUGUCGACGGAAAGAGCUUUACAUGGCUCUGGAGAAAGCCAACGAAACCCUUCUCGACGCCACGGAUGCCGUCGAAAGAUUCAGCAACAGGUACUAACUAA